AUGCUCCGCCUCGGAGGCCACCUCCUUCCUGCUGUCCGCGCCGCCUCGCCUCUCCCCGCCGCAUCUUCCCUCCCCCUCCACCGCUUCUUUCUCUUCAGCACCACUCCCGCCUCUCAGUUCGUCGUCGAGGACUACCUCACCACCAGCUGCGGCUUGACGCCAGAGAAGGCCCGCAGGGCCUCUAGGUACCUGCCCAGUCUCAAGUCGCCCGACAAUCCUGACGCCGUCCGGGCCUUCCUCGCCGGAAUCGGCGUCUCCAAAGCCGAGGUCGCCGCCGCAAUCUCCAGGGACCCGAGGGUCCUCUGCUCCAAGGUGGACAUAACCCUAACCCCCUGCAUCGCCCAGCUCCGCGACGUCGGCCUUUCCCCAACGCAGAUCUCCCGCCUCAUUUCCAUCGCCCCCACCAUCGUAGUCUUCCCCAGAUUGAUCCCCCGGCUCGCAUUCUACCUCUCUUUGUUGGGCUCCUACGACAAUUUACACACCACCCUCAGCAGGAGCAUGUACCUGCUCACUCAAAAUCUCGAGCGUGUUGUCAAACCCAAUAUGGUAUUCCUGCGACAGUCUGGCCUAACUGAUUCUGAUAUUGCCAAGCUCCUUUUGCUCGCCCCGCGCAUAUUGACAUUGGAGACAGGCCGUAUCAAGGAAAUUGUGGCGUGUGCCGACAUGCUUGGUGUGCCACGCAGUUCAGCAAUGUUCAAGUAUGCCAUUGUGGCCGUCUACAACAUAAGUCCUGGGAAGAUAAAUGCUAGGUCAGAUUUCUUGAAGAAGGCUCUUGGAUGCUCUGAGGCUGAGCUGGGCAUUGCCAUACGCAGGUUGCCAGAAGUUCUGAAUUUCUCAGAUGGCAGGGUGAGUCGCGUGGUGGAUUUCCUGAAGACGGAGGUUGGUCUGGAUGCCAAGUACAUAGUGCAUAGGCCAGCAGUCCUCUGCUAUAGCUUGCCAAGGCGUCUUAUGCCCCGGCAUUAUGUGCUAAAAACUCUUAAGGCAAAGAGCUUGGUGGAGAAAGAUGUUGACUUCUUUGCAGCUGUUACUCCAAAGGAGAAAGUAUUCACCAAGAGGUUUCUUGAUCCUUACAAGGAUAGUUUUCCCGGGCUUGCAGAUGCUUAUGCUGCUGCUUGUGCAGGCCAGGUUCCUGUAAUCCAACCAUGA